UCGGUUUGCUUCCGUCAAUUGAACGAACUUGCUCAUUUCCGUCUUUUAUGCAUUGCUUUUGUUGAUUGAUCCACGGGCUGUUGGUUGCCAAUGUGCGACCUCGCGACCACAAUUGCGCUGCUCUCACGCAUGUGAUCAUCUGGGUGCAGCGUGUCUAUUGUUACGGCCCCAUUUCGCUAGAAGCCUCCGCUUACGGCCUGCUUGAAUGGGGUUUACUUAUUGUUUCCCUUCAUAUGAAUACUACUGCGACUAGCAGUGCCUCGACAGGCCCCAGCGGUCCUCCCCGUUUUCUACCUCCACUGACUAGACAUUCUGCAUACUGUAUUCGACGUUCGACUGUAUCGAUCUACUAUCUAUCACCGGCCUAAUCUCUCACCAUGUCUCAUUCUGUUAUUCGCUUCCCUCCCCCACCGCCUACCAGCAACAACCUGACGGCCGAGCAGCGCGCUCAGCUCAUGCGCACCAACAAGAAACUCGGGCAGCUGCUGGGUAGCACGCCUCAUGUACUCGAUUUCUGCUACACAUCGGCCUCUUCGCGUUCAGCCACGCCCGUUCGUGUGACCGAGAGCAAGCCACUGUGGAACGUUUUCAAGAAACGCGGCCGAAGCAAGUCAACUCCCAGAGUAGUCGACGAGGACGAUGAGGACGAGGACGAUUUUGUCCGCGUUCAUGCUCCACCACGUCCGAGCACGUCCACUUCGUCUGCCUCCUCUGUCAAAAGCCACGGCUCUGUGGACAGUGAGCGGCUAUGGCGGACUCCGUACCGUCCCUCGCAGCUCCCCCCGCUAUUACAGUUAGUCCCACCAAAGUCCAAGUCCAAGUCCAAGCCAAGGCCUGAAGCCGUUUCCUCUUCUCAACACGAGGGUGAGGAUGAGGUCUCCGCACCAGACUCGCCUGGUGCGCCUGCGUUCAACAUCACCUCCGACGCCGCGAUGCGCCGCAACAAAAUGCUCCGCCUCACUCGCAAGCUCGGUGAGGGUGUCCCCGUCGACCUCGUCUUCCCUCAGCAGACAGAUGCAGACUCAGAGGACGAGAUAGAGACCCCGCUCCCGGAGACACCAGCAUCAGACACGAAACUUCCCUUCUCCUACGCGUUGCCCACUAUCAGCGAGGAUCUGCCGUCCGAGCCUCGCUCUCCCCUCCGUCACGACACAGCGUCCCAACCUCCGCGCAAGACCAGCUUCGCGAGGGAGUACGAGCGGCUUCCGAGCUAUUACGAUGCGGUGCGCGUGGUCGACGGACCCGACGAGCACGGCGCGGGCGUAUGUGCCGUUGCACCACCGCCGCCCCGCAAGGAGCGCAGGGGACGACGUUCCGAGCGUUCGGCAAAGACGAGCAAAGACGAGCAGAUGGUAUGCUUGGGAGUCUCCGCCAGUGCUGGUAUGAAUGGGAAGGGGUUUAGUCGGCGCUGGGUCAGAGGUCAGGUACCAUACGACCAGAUCGUUGCGGGAGCGUGGACUCCGUGGUAGAGGGCUGAGAUACCUACUAUUUAAGUGGACGACAAUCCGCGCGGCUGGCCCGCAAGGAGAUGCACCAAUUGGGGUCAUGCGGAUGUACCUCUCAGUUGCUCCUCAUCUCGUUUUUUGGCGCCUCCUACUGUACAUUUUAACUUCAUGUAAUUGUGCAUGAUCUAGGACAUUCGCCUGCAAUAUACCUUUAUUGUCACGAUACCUGUCAUGCUGCGCACGUAGUGGCUGUUCUAUGGUAACAGUUUGCGAUCCGUCUCAACGGUUGUGACUGUCAAUUAUGU